AUGUCCAAUUCUCGCCCCUCAGCCUUUGACAUUCUCAUGUCGAAUGCUUCGAGAAUAAAGCAAAACCCUUCACAAUCUCAGAAGGAAAAGCCGCAAUCAUCACCCAGGAAACGCAAGACCCCAGCUGAAAAUUCCCAAACCCCCGAUUUAAACCCUAACACUUCUCCGAUUCAAAGUGAAAGAACCGUAGAACAAGACCAAUUAAGCCUCAAAGAUUCAAAUUCCGCUCAAAUUCAAGAUGCCCGUUUCAAGAACUCGUCGGAAAAGGACGAAAAACCAACGGUUAGUUCAUCCUCAGUUCAAGAAUCACGUUUAAAGCAAAAUGCAGCAAGAAAUACUGAUUUGAAUGAAGACUUGGGGGUGGCGAAGAAGGCAAAGGUGUCGAUUAGUCCGGAUGAGAGUAUUGUGGAGUUGAAGAAGAAGGCUACAAGUUUUGAUGCGAAGAGAGCGGCAUAUUGGGGAAAGGGAGAGAGGUUACCUUUUAUGUUUGUGGCGAAGACAUUUGAUGCAAUAUCAAAGGAGUCGGGGAGGAUCGUGAUCACAGAGAUUGUGUGUAAUAUGCUGAGGACUGUGAUUGAAAUGGCACCAGAUGAUUUGGUGGCAGUCGUGUACCUUCUGGCAAAUAGGAUUGCUCCUGCGCAUGAGGGGUUGGAGUUCGGGAUUGGAGAUUCUUCAAUUAUCAAGGCGCUUGCAGAGGCUUGUGGGACUAAAGAAGCGCAUAUUAAGAAGCAGUACAAGGAGCUUGGAGAUUUAGGCCUUGUUGCGAAAGCAAGCCGUUCGUCACAGCCUUUGAUGCGUAAACCAGAAGCAUUAACUGUCUCCAAAGUUUUUGAUACAUUUCAGCUCAUUGCGAAGGAAUCCGGCAAGGAUAGUCAAGAGAAGAAAAAGAAUCACAUAAAGGGACUACUAGUUGCGGCCACUGAUUGUGAACCUCAAUUUUUGAUUCGUCUACUCCAGACAAAACUUCGUAUUGGUUUGGCAGAACAAACUCUCUUGGCAGCACUGGGGCAUGCUGCCGUGUAUUCUGAGAAGCAGUCAUCCCAUCCUGCAAAUGUUGAUAAUCCCUUAGAGGAGGCUGCGAAACUUGUGAAACAAGUUUACUCUGUAAUUCCGGUCUAUGAUAAGAUCGUUCCUGCUCUUCUCGCUGGUGGUGUAUGGAAUCUCCCAAAGACUUGUAGGUUUUCACCGGGUAUUCCAGUUGGACCCAUGUUAGCUAAACCGACUAAAGGAGUAUCAGAAAUUGUGGAGAAGUUUCAAGACAUGGAGUUUACCUGUGAAUACAAGUAUGAUGGAGAACGUGCUCAGAUACAUUAUAUGGGAAAUGGUGCAGUAGAGAUAUAUAGUCGAAAUGCAGAACGGAAUACUGGAAAGUUUCCUGAUGUUGUUGCUGCUAUGACAAGAUUGAAGAAACCUUCAGUAAUGUCAUUUGUCCUCGACUGUGAACUUGUUGCAUACGACCGUGAGAAACAGAAAAUCCUGCCUUUCCAGGUCCUCAGCACACGUUCUCGUAAGAAUGUUGUCAUGAGUGAAAUCAAAGUUGAUGUUUGUAUAUUUGCUUUUGAUAUCUUGUAUCUUAAUGGACAAGAGCUUCUGCAAGAGCAGCUUGACAUUCGUAGAGAGCAUCUUUACAAGUCCUUUCAGGAAGAACAAGGUCUUUUCCAGUUUGCCACUGCUAUAACAUCAAAUGAUCUUGAGGAAAUACAAAAGUUUCUUGAUGGUGCUGUUGAUUCUAGUUGCGAGGGGUUGAUCAUCAAAACGUUGAGUAAAGACGCUACAUAUGAACCUUCAAAACGGUCUCACAACUGGUUAAAAUUGAAAAAAGAUUACAUGGAAAGUAUUGGUGACUCGCUGGAUUUGGUGCCCAUUGCUGCUUAUCAUGGCAGGGGAAAACGCACUGGUGUAUAUGGUGCCUUUCUCCUUGCUUGUUAUGACAGUAACAAGGAGGAAUUUCAAAGCAUCUGUAAAAUUGGCACUGGAUUUUCUGAAGCAAUGCUUGAAGAACGUUCUGUCAGCCUUCGUUCUAAAGUCAUUCCCAAGCCAAAGUCAUACUACAGGUAUUCAGAUUCAAUCAAUCCAGAUGUCUGGUUUGAGCCUACUGAGGUUUGGGAGGUGAAAGCUGCAGAUCUGACUAUAAGCCCUGUUCAUCGUGCUGCCAUUGGUAUUGUAGAUUCUGAUAAGGGGAUCUCGCUGAGAUUUCCUCGUUUGCUUUGUAUCCGAGAAGACAAGAGUCCCGAGCAGGCCUCGUCGUCUGAUGUGGUAGCCGAGAUGUAUACUGCUCAGAAGCACAAUCAACGAGACAAUCCAGAUGAAAAUGACGAUGAUUGA